GUCAUACAUAGCCAGAGAAAGAAAAAUAAAAGGGAAGAAAGAAAAAGAAGAAAUAAGAAGAAAACAUAGAGGAAACGAAGGAAAACGGAAGAAGGUUAAUUCUAGUUUGAGAGGGGAAGUGUGAACAAGACGGUGCGUUUUGGCGAUCAUCUUGAAUAAUCGGCAACUUCUCUCCUCGGUCGCCGCAGAUCUGAGACUCUCCGUUCACCCCUCUCUCUCUCUCUCUCUCUCUCUCUCUCUGCGUUUGCGAUUCUACUCCUUCCCACCGCAUUCACCAAUUUUUGUUUCCGGGAUCAGAAUUGUCAAUUUCACAACCGCAAGCUAAAAAAUGGUGCUGAUUUCGGUCGUUCGGGAUUACAUCAACAAGAUGUUGCAGGACAUCUCCGGCAUGAAGGUUCUCAUCCUUGAUUCUCAGACGGUCAGUGUUGUCAGUGUGGUGUACUCACAGUCGGAGCUUCUUCAGAAAGAAGUCUUUUUGGUUGAAUUGGUAGAUGCUGUAUCAAAGUCGAGUGAAUCCAUGUAUCAUCUUAAAGCGGUUUGCUUUCUCAGGCCCACGUCAGAGAAUAUACAGCUUUUGCGUCGCCAGCUGGCUAAUCCUAGAUUUGGGGAGUAUCACCUUUUUUUCUCCAACAUUUUGAAGGAAACUCAGAUUCAUAUUCUAGCUGAUUCAGAUGAGCAGGAUGUUGUUCAGCAAGUUGUGGAGUUUUAUGGGGAUUUUGUGGCCAUUGAUCCUUAUCAUUUCACUUUAAAUAUGCCAUCAAACCAUAUAUACAUGAUUCCAGCAGUUGUUGAUCCUCCUAGUUUGCAACAUUUCUGUGACCGAGUCGUAGAUGGCAUUGCAGCACUUUUCUUGGCCUUAAAACAGAGACCUGUUAUUCGGUACCAAAGGACUUCUGAUGUUGCCAAGCGGAUAGCGCAGGAAGCAUCGAAACUUAUGUAUCAGCAAGAAAGUGGUCUGUUUGAUUUUCGAAGAAUGGAAGUUUCCCCUUUGUUGCUGGUAAUUGAUAGGAGGGAUGACCCACUGACUCCCCUGCUCAAUCAAUGGACUUAUCAGGCAAUGGUUCAUGAAUUGAUAGGUAUUCAAGACAAUAAAGUGGACUUGAAAAGCAUUGCAAAAUCUUCAAAGGAUCAACAGGAGGUUGUGCUAUCAUCAGAGCAAGAUUCGUUUUAUAAAGCUAACAUGUACGAGAAUUUUGGAGAUAUUGGAAUGAAUAUAAAGAAGUUGGUGGAUGAUUUUCAGCAAAUUGCCAAAAGUAACCAGAACAUACAGACAAUAGAGGACAUGGCCAAGUUUGUUGACAAUUAUCCAGAGUACAGAAAAAUGCACGGUAAUGUUUCAAAACAUGUGACGUUGGUGACAGAGAUGAGUAAAAUAGUUGAGGAGCGGAAGCUUAUGUUAGUUUCACAGACAGAACAGGAAUUGGCUUGCAACGGUGGGCAAGUGGCUGCUUUUGAGGCUGUAACAAAUCUUUUGAACAAUGAGAGUAUUUCUGAUAUAGACCGUCUGCGGCUUGUUAUGUUGUAUGCCUUACGGUAUGAGAAGGAGAGCCCUGUCCAACUGAUGCAGCUUUUCAAUAAAUUGGCUUCUCGUUCUGCCAAAUAUAAAACAGGGCUUGUCCAGUUUCUUUUAAAACAAGCUGGUGUUGAUAAGCGAACGGGUGAUCUUUAUGGAAAUCGAGAUCUUUUGAAUAUUGCUCGUAACAUGGCUCGUGGAUUAAAGGGGGUUGAAAACGUAUACACUCAGCAUCAACCUCUUUUGGUCCAGACCAUGGAAAGUAUAAUCAAGGGACGAUUGAGAGAUGUGGACUACCCGUUUGUUGGGAAUCACUUUCAGCAAGGAAGGCCACAAGAAGUCAUCAUAUUCAUUGUAGGUGGGACGACAUAUGAGGAGUCACGUGCUGUAGCUUUACAAAAUGCAACUACUUCUGGAAUACGUUUUAUACUGGGUGGUUCUGUGGUUCUAAAUUCUAGGCGGUUUCUAAAGGACUUGGAAGAAGGUCAGCGGAUAUCUCGUUCGAGCGCCCCAAUGAUUUGAAGCUCAACAGCCUGCUAAAUAACAAUUUGUAUUUAAUGGGAGAUUUUCAUUUGGUUACUACCCAGCCACUUACAUGAUUGCAGAGGAUAGAAGAGAGAAGGAAGAAGGGAGAUGGAUUGUCCUCCAUUGUGUGCUUUUACUAAUAGAAUCUCGAGGGACUGGCCUCGAUCUCUCAUAUGUCAUUGUUUAUUACCAAUUUGCUCAGGUGUUCCAGCAAUCAUGUGGGAACAAAUCUGAAUAUCCCAUUUGUCACGUAUAGGAAAAGCUCUCAUUCUUUUUGUAUAUUUAGAAACAUGAAAGUCUUGGAGAUGUAGUACAUUACUUAAGAGUUAUUCGAUAUACAAAGCCAACGUACUGUUCCACA